AUGGACCCAAUUCGACCUGAAUUUGAGCUUUUGGACUCAGCUGGACUUGAGUACCAUCGUUGGGUAGCUGAUGUGGAGACUACUCUCGUGGCGAAAGACUACACCGCUACCAUCAAGCCUUCAACCGCUGCAAAUGCUGUUCCAGCGACUGAGAAAGAAAAAUCCAAUGCCCUCAUGUUUCUCAAGAGGCAUAUUGACCCUAACUUACUAUGGGGCUACCACCAUUUGAAAACACCUAAGGAAUUGUGGGAUGCUCUCGAAAGUCAUUUCGGUAAUAUUCACGACUCUUUACUUCCACAACUGCAAGUCCAGUGGAAUGAAAUUCGUUUCCUGGAUUAUGUCAAAGUGAAUGACUUUCAAAAGGACAUGCUGCAGCUACAAGCACGUCUGGAUUUUUGUGGCACCAAACUAACUAAUGCUGAAAUGAUCCAAAAGACAUUGUAA